GAAUAGCCUCUUGAGGGCGGUCUUUAUAUUUUGCGUACAGUAAUGGCGGCUGCCAUUGCUCGAAACGUGUUGCAUAGGAAAAACAAUUUGAUACCUUUUGUUAGGGUAACAGCACUAUCAAAUAAUAUUUGCGAACAAGUGUCUGCAAAGAUAAGUAACUUCAAAGUUACAUCAUCUUCAAAGUCUGCAUGGAUUCCAAGCAAAUGCACGCUCACACUGACUGUGAGAAGCAGGACAUUCUCAACUCAUUCAUUAGGAAAUGACAAGAUUCAGCAAGAAGAACAACAUGCUUUUAAAGAACUUGGUGAGGGCAGUAGUGAUGGAGAGUUUUGUAGCGAUGAAGAGUUGUGUAGUCCUCAGACAUUUGAGCCAGUGAGCCCUGAUAAAGGAACACAAGAGCUGCUUCUAAUUAAACCACCGGAGCAACCAGAGAAUCCACGUUGUGUCCGAGUUGCGAUUAUCGGCACCCCAAAUGCUGGCAAGUCGACUCUUGUUAACACACUACUUGGUAGAAGGAUAUGUGCAGUGUCCAAGAAAGUUCACACAACUCGGCGUCAGGCAACAGCUGUUUUUUCAGAAAAUGACACUCAAGUUAUAAUACUUGACACUCCAGGAAUGGUGACUAAGGAUUCAGCAAGGCGCCAUUCUCUGCCAAGGGAGCUCGUAAUAUCACCGAAGUCUUCAUUAGAAUUGGCUGACUUGAUUGUUGUGAUUGUUGAUGUGGCUGAUAAGUGGACCUGUAGGAAGAUCAGCACCGACAUAUUGAUGGAGUUGAACAAUUUUCAAGAGACACCUUGCAUCCUGGUACUUAAUAAAGUAGAUAUUUUGAAGAACAAACAGAGUCUAGUUGAGCUGACAGCCUUAUUAACAGAGGGUGUAGUUGAUCACAAGCCAAUUGAGAUGAGUGGAACACUAACCAAGAAACUACUCAAGAAUAAGGGAUUUCGGAGCAAGUACCUACAGUACAAAAAUGUUUCUGCAUGUCGCAGAGAAAAGAAUAAGGUUGCAGGAGAAGAUGACAUACUGAUGUCAAUGACAGAGAAGGAACCAGAGAUGGCUGCUAGUCCUUGUGAGCCUGACAGACUUUUAAAAUCUCAUCCGGAAUCACAAAUUAACUCGAAAGACUUCACAGAGGAAGUGUCUGGUACCAGAGAAGACAUUCAUAUGCAUUCUGAUAAUUAUUUAUUAGAUACACCAGAUGUUCCUGAAGAAAAUCACAGAUUUCAAUUUCCACAAAGGACAAGUUCCCAAAAGUUGGAUAUCUUAAAUAAAUAUAUUAAAAAUUUGGAUUCAGUAUCAAAAUUUUAUAGCUUAAAGGAGUCCAAUAAUACAGAAGAAAAGGACAAACAGGUGGAAGCGAACAGGAGGCACCGAGAGUUGUUAAAGGAAUUCAGUCAACGUCAUGGUUGGCAUCUCUUUAAAAAGGUGUUUAUGGUAUCUGCUAAAAGUGGUGACGGUGUUCAGGAAUUAAAGGAUUUUCUUAUGGAAAGUGCCAAGCCAGAGGAAUGGGAAUAUCACAAGAUAGUUGUCACAGAUCUAUCACCAAUGGAAAUCCUUGAGGAAGCUGUUAGAGAACAACUUUUGGAAUGCCUUCCACAGGAAAUUCCUUACAAUAUCACUCAGCAAAAUGAAUUCUGGGAUUAUGAUGAGAAUGGUACGCUGGUCAUCAAUCAGAGGCUUGUCUGCUUCAAGAAAUCUCAUUAUAAUGCAGUUUUGCGGAAGAUACGUACAAUUGCUAAACAGAGCGAGCAAGAUAUAAUGAACGCAUUCCAUUGUGAUGUCUUGCUGAUAAUAAAAGUCAAGUUAUCAAAGUGAUUUGAAGAUGUAACUAAUGUCGGAAAAUAUAUCUUUAUUAUAUAACAUGCCAAAGGAAAUAUUAUAUAUAGAAGGGAUGUUCAUGUAGAAGUCGUUGGUGAGAUUAGCACAUGUCACGGUAUUUGUAUCUAUGUGAGCAACCCUUCUACAAAAAUAUUGCACCGGGAUGUAGUUGAAGCUACCACACAGCAUACCUAGUGGAAUUGACCAAUAAAAUGUUGUUAUUACCUAAUUAAUAUUUAUGAGGUAUGGUAAAGUUAAACACCUUGACCGAUAAUAUACAUAAUGGUAGUGUGGCGCAAAACUUCAUACAAAAAGGUAAGGAUAGGCAGUUAGAUUUUUAUUAAAUUUCACUGUAUUAAAUACUUUUCUAACAUCUAAUAUACUUAUUGUGUUGUAAAGAGGCAAAGACCCUUGGAAUGCAGUGAGAUAUUUGUCGUCUUGCACCCCACAAGGAUUACACUGUGGAUCCCACUAUGGGUAUGGCUGCCCACUCCAUUACAAAUAAUAAAUAUAUACCCGUAUAUUCUCGCAUUUAAGGCGAUCAGUGUAUAAGAUGACCCCCCGUGUUUGAGAAGAUUUUUGGACGAUUUUUAUAUGUCAGGCUUAUAAGGCGACCUCCCUAUUUCACCGUUGAAAAUCAUACUUUUUGCUGCUCUUUAUGGUCUUGAUACUGCAUCUAGCUGGAUUGGAUUUAUUCGGUGUAAACACCAAGGAUAGCCCACGAAAGUCUAGAAGAAGACUUACAGUAUUUCCAGUGG